UGAUAAUCUUUGAAUUGAGCUAUAUGUAAUCAUAGUGAACUUAAAAUUAGUAUUAAGUAAUUUAUAAUGGCUCGUUUACUGUUGUGCGCUUUGGCUCUUCUAGUCUUCGUUAGUGUUGACGCAGUUCCUGCACCGAAUCCCGCACCUGCGCCAGCGCCUGCCCCUCAAUUCGGAGGAUUUGGAGGUGGAUACGGAGGUGGCUAUGGAGGCGGAUAUGGGGGAGGUUUUGGUGGCGGUUAUGGGGGCGGAUUUGGCAGACGAGGUUUCGGAGGACCAGGCUUUGGAGGACGACGUUUUGGCGGUUUCCCUGGAGGUUCUAUAAGUUACUCCAGAAGUGGUACCAUCAGUUUUGGUGGUCCUGGUGGAUCUGCAGCCCAAUCAAGUGCCGGUUCUUUUGGGUUUGGGAAGUAAGGCUAAUUUUGGAUGAGGCUCUUGUUGAGUGUUUGUACCUAGUUUAAUAUUUGAGUGUGUGGUU